AUGUCACUCGAAACGCUGUCUACGAUAUCUCCUACCACCAACUCUGCUGUUAUCACCCGUCAAGCUCUCCCUCCACAGGAGAUUGAACGUCUUCCAGCUAUCGGUCAGGAAGCAUUUGCGUCGUAUCGCAAAUCCCAUCCUACCCUUGGAAGCCGGCAAGAAGUGGUGGCCAAAGCAUUAGAUCUAUUAUCACGAAGGAAAGAUGUAUUGGCUAAGGAAUUGACGGAGCAAAUGGGCAGGCCAAUAGCGUACACAGGGAUUGAGAUUGAUACAACCGUCAAGCGAGGCCAGUACUUGAACAGAAUAGCCGGGGAGGUAUUGUCAGAGGAUGUACCGGGAGAUCCGGAAAAAGGGUUCAGGAGGUUCAUCAGAAGAGAACCAGUCGGUGUCGUGCUGAUUAUCUUUGCGUGGAACUAUCCCUAUCUUAUUCUUAUCAACUCCCUUCUUCCCGCCCUUCUUGCUGGCAAUACUGUAAUUCUCAAACCUUCACCACAAACCCCUACUAUCGUUGAACACAUGUCAGAAAUCUUCACCGAAGCCGGUCUCCCCAAGAACGUACUGCAGUACUUUCAUUGCGGUUCUCCAUCUCAUGUUGAAUUGAUAGUCCGCUCCCCACAAAUCAAUCACAUCUGCUUCACAGGCUCGGUUGCAGGUGGCCUCGCUGUCCAAAAAGCAGCGGCGGACCGAAUCGUCAAUGUCGGUCUCGAACUUGGCGGCAAAGACCCGGCAUACGUCCGACCAGAUGUCGAACCCCAUUGGGCGGCCUCAGAAAUAAUUGAUGGCGCAAUCUUCAACUCGGGUCAAUCCUGUUGCGCCAUUGAGCGAGUCUACGUCCAUAACGACAUCUAUGAACCCUUUAUUAACGCCUGCAAAGCCACUCUCUCCAAAUACAAAGUCGGCGAUCCCAUGGACAAAUCCACCCAAAUCGGCCCGGUCAUCUCAACUCGUGCAAAAGAAACAAUCCGCUCCCAGAUCGAUGAAGCCCUAAAAGCGGGUGCCAAAGACGAAACCCCCCCAAACUCCUCAUUCGAGAACCUACCCCAACAAGGAAACUUCAUCAAACCCACCCUCCUCACUCACGUCAACCACUCAAUGUCCAUCAUGCAGGAUGAGACUUUUGGCCCCGUCAUCCCCAUCAUGUCCGUCCCCUCCGACACUGCCGCCGUCAAAUACAUGAAUGAUUCUCAGUUCGGACUGACCGCGUCGAUAUGGACCAAAGAUGUAGGUGUAGGAGAGGAGUUGGCGGGAAAAGUGGAGGCCGGCACGGUGUUUGUCAAUAGAUCGGAUUUUCCGAGUCCCGAUCUGGCGUGGACGGGUUGGAAGGAUAGCGGCAAAGGGGUCACGUUGAGUCGGUUUGGCUUUGAGCAGUUUGUCAAGCUUAAGAGCUUUCACUUAAAGGAUUAUCCAGGGAGGUGA